UAUGGCAAACAAAGCUAUCAAUUUUGCUAAGUAUUCGCUCAGUCUUUCCUUCUUUCUAUUGAUAAACUGAAGAAGUCAUCAACCAGUGUUCAAAGAACUUCCAUCAGUUACUUUACAUUUUGCAGCAUUGGCUUUCAAAUAAACUUAACUAUUUUUUCCCUGAUCUACUGCUUCCCCUGUUAAUGUCAACAAUCUUUACUUUCACUUCACUGAAAAAGAAAAGAAAAUGAAUCCCACUUUACCAAUUACCAUUAAAAAAUUUAAAAGAUUAACAGCAAAAGGUCAAGGUGAUGUUGCUGUCCAACAUUAUAACUCAAUGUCACUUUCCUGUAAAAGAGCAUUCUUCAUUUGAGUCAACAGAUUCUUAAAAUUGUAACCCCACAUCUGCAAAAAUCUUAAAAGUUAGUUAGGUUUCUGCAACUUUGCUUUCUUGUAAGCUAAAGCUGUUGGACACAAGCAUCUCUUCCUUUCCCUUACCCUGACCUUAUCUUCUUUGUUCUUCCUGUAGAACCCUGUAAUGUUGUUUUAAGAGAUAUGGCCUUGUUUGGAAGUCCAGGAAAGUUGAGUGGACUGCUUCUGAGAAUAGGUCAGUGUUUGUUUGCUGCUGCUUCAAUUGGAGUCAUGGUUUCUUCUCAUGGCUUUUCUAACUCCACUGCCUUCUGCUAUUUGAUUGCAUCAAUGGGGCUUCAAGCUUUGUGGAGUUUUGGACUUGCAUGUCUUGAUUUGCAGGCACUGACGUCAAAGAGAAACCUGCAGAAUCCUGCCUUAUUGAGCCUGUUUGUUGUUGGUGAUUGGGUGACUACUAUUUUAUCUCUUGCAGCUGCUUGUUCAUCUGCUGGAGUGACAGUCCUGUAUUCAAGAGACUUGGAUUACUGCAGAUCACCUCAAAUUCCAUGCACCCGUUUCGAAGCAUCCAUAUUAUUGGCCUUUAUCUCAUGGUUCCUCCUUGCCAUAUCUUCUCAUGUGACAUUUUGGCUUUUGGCUACAGUUUAAGUGACCCCAAUCAAUACCACCUUCCUUACUCAAUUCUUCUUUAAGUAGUAUUGAUUUAGUUUUCCUUUUUCCGCGGCGAAAUAGUGCUAAC